AUCGACAAUGAUUUAUCAGUUGUUCUUUUAACCUCGUGUUGAGCAGAAUGUUCGCUGGGCUCCUGAAAUUUCUUUUGCAUUUGGCUCUGUGGCAAUGUAUAAGCGGACGUAUUCCAUUGAUGCCCAAAUUCUUCGGGCAAGACAGUGCAAUUAUUGUUGACACUGAUAAGCUCAGAUUGAAUCCAAAGUUACAAAAUGGAAUCUAUUAUAAUAUUCCCGCCUUUAAGCUCAUCAAUCCGAUCACCCAUAAUCCAUCGUCUAUUACGUACACAAAGACAGCAGUACCAAGAGGGGCUGGCGAGUAUCCCAAGGAUUUGAUUGACAUCGCUCGCACUAAGCUGGGCUUUAAGCGAAUAGAUCAGCUGCCCAGCCUAAGUGAGCUCGGGAGUCUGCUGGGCACUAGCAACGACGAUGAGACAAUCAAGUAUGUGCGCUCUCUGACUUCCACGGAUCAAGGCAUAGCACUGAUGAAGGCAUACUUGGAGUCAACCGAUUCCAACAAUGAUAGCGAGGAUAAGCCAGAAGCAAAUGAUAAUUAUAACAAUGCCGAUUUCGAUGUCGACUACGAUGCGACGCCAUCCAGGCUCGAUAUACCUGUAACAACGCCGCAGAUGGAAACGGGGGGCUUGAUGAAGGGUGUGAACGAGCUCAUAAAUCAAUACAAAUUGUGGCCGGGACUGGAUAACAGCACCAAAUCCAGACGGUUGCCAUAUAAGCAUAUGCUGGUGGCACCCGUUCAGCCAAGCAGCAACCAUAAGCAGAGUUUAACACCAGCCUUACGACCCCUACUUUUACGGAGCCCAUUGCCCUAUCAUUAUCCUAUUCCAUUACGACCCGUAUUAUUUCCAAAACCCAUGACAACUACUCCGAGGCCAGCCCCAGUCAGCAACGACGCAAACACGGAUUUGAGGCCGCCACACCUCAACACUCCUAAGGGGACGACAUCUGAUCUCGUGGCACCGCAUGUUCACGAGCUAGCGCGGAUUGCUAAUAUUUCCCCAGACAUUCUUGACAGCUUUUUGCAACAACAACCAAAGCUGGCCGAAUUGGCGAAACGAUUUAGUCGAUUACCGCUGGUUCAGCAGCACAGCAAAGCUAUUGACUCGCAAUUGUUCAUGGCUGUGAAAAGAGCCCUGGCACAGGAUAACUUAAAGCGUUUGCUUGGAGCAUCGCAGACAUAGAUUAAGUAUGGUGUCCUCAAUAAUAAAAAUUAUAUAAAUAUAACAAAUACAUAGUUUUAAACUGGGUUAGUAACGGAA